AUGGGGACGGAUGAUGAUUAUGUACGGGAAGAUUUGCGUUCCAUAAAAUCAGGAGGUUUGGAUUUGAAAACACAAGAAGCUGCAUUAAGACAACGUCCCGACAUUGUUAUUGCCACACCCGGUCGUUUGAUUGAUCAUUUGCAUAAUGCGCCCAAUUUCUCACUUGAUGAUGUCGAGAUUUUGGUGUUGGAUGAAGCAGAUCGAAUGUUGGAUGAAGCUUUCUCGGAUCAAAUGAAGGAAAUUGUGCGUUUAUGUGCUGCAAACAGGCAAACAAUGUUAUUCUCAGCCACCAUGACUGAUCAAGUUGAAGAGUUGGCGGCUGUCUCAUUAAAAAAUCCGGUGAAAUUAUUCAUUAAUAGUAAUAAUGAAACAGCUUUAAAUCUUCGGCAGGAAUUUAUUCGUAUUCGAGAAAAUCAUGAGCUUGAUCGGGAAUGUAUUGUUGCAAGUCUCGUCACUCGCAAUUUUCCAGACCAUACAAUCAUAUUUGUCAAAACAAAGAAAACUUGUCAGCGCUUACACAUUGUACUCGGUUUAAUGGGGAUCAAAGUAGGCCAGCUUCAUGGUGGACUCACACAAAGGCAACGUAUUGAAACGUUGCACCGAUUCAAAAAAGCCGAUCUUGAUGUACUAGUGUCGACAGAUCUCGCGGCACGAGGACUUGAUGUAGAAGGUAUUAAAACGGUUAUUAAUAUGAAUAUGCCCGUUACUCUGAAGCAGUAUGUUCAUCGAGUUGGUCGAACUGCUCGCGCAGGUCGCGUAGGGCGAUCUAUAUCAUUAGUAGGUGAAGAUGAGCGGAAAUUAUUGAAGGAAAUUAUUGCUUCAAACAAGGGGAGUGCUCUAAAACAGCGGCUUAUUAGUGCUGAUGUGAUAGAAGCAUACAAGAACAGAAUUGACAGUCUAAAAGAAAGUAUUGAACGAAUAAGGGAAGAAGAAGAAACUGAACGAGCUAUGAGACUCGCUGGUGAAGAGAUACAGAGAAGCGAAGCAAAACUGGAAGGGAAAGUUGAAAAACGGAAUUGGAUGACAUCGAAAAAGACGUUGCAAAAGAAAGGUAGCAUGUGUAAUGCAAUAAAUUAUCGUUGGCUGGAGUGCAGAGUAGAUCAUUUUUAUCGAUUGAUAGUUUUAGAAGAAGUGCAAACACGCCGACUUGCUGAAUUUCAAGUACGUGAAGCGAAACGUUCGAGAAAAAGGAAAAAAUUGAGAUCUGUUAUUGAAUUUGGUGACAGUCAGGUUAAUGGAAAAAAGAAGCAAAAAAAGAAAAGUUCAUUCACUAACGAGCUCACAGAUGUUAGAAAUAGAGCUGUGAAACGAUUCAGAUAUGGGCCCGAAGAUGCGGAGUUCAAAGCAGCGAAAAUGAAGAAAGUGCAUCGCAAAAGAAAAUUAUGA